CUCAACUUAGACGACUGUCCUGUUGAGAGCUGCUUUUGGAUCAAUGACAUGGAGCAUAUGCUGUCAUUCUGGGAUGUGGUCAUUUAUUUCUCUGCAGAGGAAUGGGAAUACCUGGGUCCUGCUCAGUGGAACUUGUACAGGGAUGUGACAUUGGAGAAUUACAACAACUUUGUGUUCCUGGGUCUUGCUUCCUCUAGGCCAUACCUAGUCACGUUCCUGGAGCAAAUACAAGAGCUUUCAGAUAUGAAGAGUCAAGUGGACAUCACUAUGUACACAGGGGGAGACUGCUAUACGUGCAAAGAAUGUGGUAAUGUCUUUGAAGGGAAAGAAGCAUUUCAAGAUCAUCAGAUAAUUCAUUUAGGAGACAAGCCCUACAAAUGUGAAGAGUGUGGCAAGUCCUUCCGUUAUCCAUCAGUACUUUCUGAACACAAAGGAAUUCACACAGGAGAAAGACCCUACAAGUGUGACAUCUGUAGCAAGGCCUUCCAUGGUCCAUCAAGACUUUUUCAACAUAAGAAAAUUCACAUAAAAGAAAAAGUCUACAAGUGUGAAGUAUGUGGCAAGGCUUUCAGUUAUGCAUCAAGACUUUAUGUUCACAUGAGCAUCCAUACAGGAGAGAAGCCAUACAAGUGUGAAAUAUGUGGGAAGGCCUUCCACUCUCCACCAUCACUUUGUCAACAUAAGAGAACUCAUACAGGAGAGAAACCCUACAAUUGUGAUGUAUGUGGCAAGGCCUUUCGCUUUCCAUGUUUACUUUCAAAACACAAGAUAAGUCAUACAGACCAAAAACCCUACAAGUAUAAAAUCUGUGGACAUUUCCUCCGUUCUCAAUCAUCACUUCAUGAACACAAGAUAAUGCAUACAGGACUGAAACCCUACAAGUGUGAAAUAUGUGAGAAGACCUUUGAAUAUCCUUCCAGACUUUCAAAACAUAAGAAUAUGCAUGCAGGAGAGACACCAUGCAAGUGUAAAAUAUGUGGAAAGGCCUGUUCUUCAUUAUCACUUCGUGAACACCAGAAAACUCAUAGAGGAGAGAAACCCUAUAGGUGUGAAGUAUGUGGCAAGGCCUUCCGUUAUCCAUCAGGACUUUCCACACAUAAGAAAAUUCAUACAAGAGAAAAAACAUAA